AUGGCAACAAGUAAAGGUGCUAACACAUAUAAUCGACAAAAUUGGGAAGAAUCAGAAUUUCCGUUACUAUGUCAAACAUGUCUUGGAGACAAUCCAUAUGUUCGAAUGAUGAAAGAGAAACAUGGAAAAGAAUGUAAAACCUGUAACAGACCAUUCACAGUAUUUAGAUGGUGUCCGGGGGCCAGGAUGAGAUUCAAGAAAACUGAAGUCUGUCAAACUUGCAGUCAAAUGAAAAAUAUUUGUCAAACAUGUCUCCUAGAUUUAGAAUAUGGCUUACCUGUCCAAGUUAGAGAUGCUGCUUUAAGAGUACAAGAUUCUUUACCUAAAUCAGAUGUAAAUAAGGAAUUCUACAUGCAGAAUGUGGAAAGAGAAAUAGAAAACAGUGAUGGAACUAACCCAGUUGGUGCUAUAGCCAACAAAGUACCCAGCGACAUGUUACUAAAAUUAGCCCGAACCUCGCCCUACUACAAAAGAAAUAGACCCCACAUUUGUUCUUUCUGGGUGAAAGGGGAAUGUAAAAGAGGAGAAGAAUGCCCAUACAGACACGAUAAGCCUACAGACCCAGAUGAUCCAUUAGCAAACCAGAAUAUUAAAGACAGAUUUUACGGCACUAAUGAUCCUGUUGCUGAUAAGUUACUACGUCGUUAUCAAGACAUGCCCAAACUAGAACCCCCAGAGGAUGAAACUGUUACCACACUUUAUGUUGGAGGUCUAUCUGAAGCAAUAGAAGUAGAUGAUUUGAAGAACCACUUUUAUCAAUUUGGAGAAAUUCGAUCAGUUAAUGUUGUACAGAAACAGCAGUGUGCUUUUGUUCAGUUCACAUCAAGGACGAGCGCAGAGGCUGCAGCUGAAAAAUCGUUCAAUAAGCUGAUACUUAAAGGUCAGAGGUUAAGUAUUAAAUGGGGUCGUUCCCAAGGACAACAACAAUCAACGAAGAAAGAUGACGAGGAAGAGAUGUCAGAACAUCAACGUGGGCAAUGCAGAGGUAAGUUUUUUAUUUCUAUACACAGAGAAAGGGGAAAGGGUCCAAGGGUCUCUGUACAUGACUCAUCAGAUCUCUGUACAUGA